AAAGCCGAAACUGUGAUCCCGGAAGUGGGGAACCGGAAGUAGACCGCAGGGACAAUAAUAAGGUUGCACCAAGCGAGAGACGCUCGGAAACUUCGGUACAGACCGAUGGAAGGCGGCGAGGAAGGCAUCCCGGAGCCAUGUCUUUCCCUGAGCCCAAGCCGCGUGGCCCGGUGCUGCCGCAGAAGCGGUUGAAGACGCUGGACUGCGGGCAGGGAGCGGUGCGAGCCGUGCGAUUUAAUGUGGACGGCAAUUACUGCCUGACGUGCGGCAGCGACAAGACCCUGAAGCUGUGGAACCCGCUGCGGGGGACGCUGCUGCGGACGUACAGCGGCCACGGCUACGAGGUGCUGGACGCGGCCGGUUCCUUUGACAACAGCAAUCUCUGCUCCGGCGGCGGGGACAAGGCGGUGGUGCUGUGGGAUGUGGCCUCCGGGCAGGUCGUGCGUAAAUUCCGGGGUCACGCAGGGAAGGUGAACACGGUGCAGUUUAAUGAAGAGGCCACAGUCAUCCUGUCAGGCUCUAUCGAUUCCACCAUCCGCUGCUGGGACUGCCGCUCUCGGAGGCCGGACCCAGUGCAGAAGCUGGACGAAGCCAAGGAUGGUGUAUCCAGUGUGAAGGUGUCAGACCAUGAGGUCCUGGCAGGCUCCGUGGACGGCCGGGUCAGGCGCUAUGACCUGAGGAUGGGACAACUCUUCUCAGACUACGUGGGCAGUCCCAUCACUUGCACCUGCUUCAGCCGGGAUGGCCAGUGCACCCUGGUGUCCAGCUUGGACUCCACGUUGAGGCUUCUAGACAAGGACACAGGGGAGCUGCUAGGGGAGUACACAGGCCAUAAGAACCAGGAGUACAAGCUGGACUGCUGCCUGAGUGAGCGUGACACGCAUGUAGUCAGCUGCUCCGAGGAUGGGAAGGUGUUCUUUUGGGACCUGGUGGAAGGUGUCCUGGCCCUGGCCCUGCAGGUGGGGCCUGGUGUGGUGCAGUCACUGGCCUACCACCCCACAGAGCCCUGCCUGCUGACUGCCAUGGGGGGCAGCAUCCAUUGCUGGCGGGAAGAGGCCUACGAGACUGAGGGUGGCACAGGUUGAGGCCAGGGGACCCACCACCACUAAGGACACAGAUGCAGACUCUGGACCACUGAGACCAUUUAUUCCAGAUGUGCUACUGACCAAGGAGUGGGGGAGGGGCCGGGUCUGAAAACAAAUAAAUAGGGGGAGGGCCACCGC